CACGGCGACCGCUGCUCUCGGCUUCACACGAAACCCAACAUCAGUCCGACUAUCCUCUUCGCCAACAUGUACCAGAGCCCCGACAUGCUCACUCCUGGCGUCGACCCUGCCUCCCAGUCCCAGGGGCUCGACCCUUGCAAGAUCCAAGACCACUUCGAGGAUUUCUACCAGGACUUAUUCGAGGAGCUCAGCAAGCACAGACACAUCGAGAGCUUGAACAUCUGUGAUAGUCUCGCGGACCAUAUGGUGCGUUUAGGGUUUUGCUCUCCCGGAUCUGGAGAUGAAUCGACGACAUGUGGAGAUGUGGCAGAGUUGGAGAGGUGAAAACUUGCCGCCUGAUUUCUCCGAUUUCCCUCUCUCUCUCGGAUCCUCUCCAGCCCUGUCUUCAUCGUUGCCGAUUUCCCUCUCUCUCUCGGAUCCUCUCCAGCCCCGUCUUCAUCGUUGCCGAUUUCCUUCUCUCUCUUGGAUCCUCUCCAACCUCUACAGCGGAUUUUUCUUCAGAAGUUGCAGAGAAAGAAAGUGAAUUGAUUUGA